GUGCAGGGCGGGAUAUAAAUACGCGCCACACGCAGUGACGCCGACACACGGAGAUCCACGCUCGCAGCUGCACGUCCAGCCUGACGGAUUCUAACCGGGUGCAUUGACUCGGGGACUUCGCUUUUUCUUUUUGUUUUCCUUUUCGUCGCGCAUUUGGGAGCAUCGCUGGAACGUACAUUUGCUGCGUUUUGUGGAGAUUACUGCAUUUUGACGUGAAGAUGCCUGCCGACAUGAUGGAAAAAAGCUCCUCCUCUCCGGUCGCCGCAACCCCGGCGAGUAUCAACUCCACCCCGGAUAAACCCAAAACAGCCUCGGAGCACAGAAAGUCUUCCAAGCCCAUCAUGGAAAAGAGGAGAAGAGCCAGAAUCAACGAGAGCUUGGGACAACUGAAGACGCUCAUCUUGGAUGCGCUCAAGAAAGAUAGCUCCAGACAUUCCAAACUGGAGAAAGCAGACAUCCUGGAGAUGACGGUGAAACACCUCCGGAACCUUCAGAGAGCUCAAAUGACGGCUGCUUUAAACACGGACCCAACCGUUCUGGGUAAAUACCGUGCCGGUUUUAGCGAGUGCAUGAACGAAGUGACCCGUUUCCUCUCCACCUGCGAGGGCGUCAACACGGAGGUCAGAACGCGGCUGCUGGGCCACUUGGCCAGCUGCAUGACCCAGAUCAACGCCAUGAACUACCCCAGCCAGCACCAGCUGCCACCCGCAGCCGGGUCCACGCACCCGUCCUUCGCUCAGCCCCUGGUGCAGAUACCCGGCUCCUCUCCGCAGGUGCUGCCCUUGAGCGCCGUACCCUGCAAAGGAGCCUCCUCGCCCACCGCUCUCCCCGGCCCAGACGCCGCUAAAGUGUACGGUGGCUUCCAGAUUGUGCCUGCCACGGACGGACAGUUUGCCUUCCUCAUACCCAACGCCACGUUCACCCCCAACGGUGCCGUCAUCCCCGUUUACGCCAACAACGGAGGCACCGUGCCGGCCGCAGUCUCUCCCGGAGCCCCCUCGGGCAACUCGGACUCAGUGUGGCGGCCCUGGUGAACAGAAGACUGACACUUAGUAGUUCUUUCUUUUUUCACGUUAGAAGUUUUAAAGCCUUUUUUGUUGUCAAAUGGAAAGAGUAUGCACUAUAUUUGUACAGCUAACAAGAGUCAAAGUUCAUAUUGAAAUGAGAUUUGUAUUGUGGAAGUCCGUUCACUGCAUUUGGGGUGGGAGGGGGGAUUUUAUAUAUGAAAAGUUGUCUUUCUUACUGUUUGAUGCCAAAGAUGUUCAUUGCGCUUAAAUGCUGUUCUUCGUUUUGGAAGACAAAUAAAUUUGUUACUACAUGAACACACACUUUGUCCUUUUCCGCUUUGAUUUCACAAAAAACGACAGGUGUCAUGUCGAUGCAUUCGCGAACAUCCUGCAAAAAUCCGCUUUUUCACUAAUAUUGUGCCAUUUUUCUCUUUUUUUGGUUUCGUUUGACCCCCGGGCCACACUUUGGACACCCUUGCAUUAAAGUUUUUGCAGAUGAGCACAUGAAUCGAUAACUUUAUGAGCUAUAAUCAUCACAAUUCUGAAGAAACUAAAUACACGACUCUUGAGGGUAGUCAAGCUAUAGAAGUGUG